AUGGUGUCUGCUUGGUUGACGUCUGCCUCCCAAUCCACCACCGCCAUGGCCCUCUUGGGCCUUGUCCCUCUGCCCUUCGCCGGCUCCCAGUCCACUUCCAUCACGGAGGACGUCCUCUCGGCUUUCGUUGCACUGUUGGCCUUGGUCACCAAACUGCACCGAGCAGGUGAUCCGCAAUCCUUGCAAGAAGUCAAGGAGGUGGUCGUGCUGGCGCCAGAGCCCAUGGCUUCAAGAGCUCAAGAACUACCCGGAUUCCACGCUGCCUCCUGGGAGUCUGCCAAAAUGGCUCGUUUCGGCGAGUGCAAGAGAGCCUUCGAGACAUAUCAAACAUCCUGA